CUCUCAUCUCUUCCUCCACUCUCGCGUUUAUUGCAUUCUCUCUACUCUUUGCACGCGUAAAAAUGGAACAAGUUACCAUGUCUCUUGCCCCGUCACGUUCCACUCAAAAGUCCACGAUCGCGGGCCCAUCGGGGGAGAGUGCCGGGAGCGUCACGAAACGCCUGAGUAGUGAGCUCAUGACUCUUAUGAUGUCUUCUUCGCCUGGUAUCUCUGCGUUUCCGAAGUCUGAUGCCAACCUGUUCGAAUGGGCGGGUACGAUCGAAGGGCCAGCAAGCACCAUUUACGCUGGCCUCACAUUCAAAAUCUCCAUUUCUUUUCCCUCGAACUAUCCCUACGCUGCGCCUACGAUAAAGUUUGACACCCCAUGCUUUCAUCCAAAUGUUGACAUUACGGGCGGUGCUAUCUGUCUUGAUAUCCUGCAGGACAAAUGGUCAGCCGUUUACAGCGUGCAGACAAUCCUUCUGUCGCUGCAAUCUCUACUUGGAGAGCCGAACAAUGCUUCACCACUCAAUCCGGAUGCCGCCAACGUCUGGGACUCUCCAGAAGAAUUCAAAGCACAGCUUAUGAAGCAUUAUCGCCCUAUUGCCGAUGCAACAUCUGCAUAGCCCGUGUCUCCUGUUUUUCACGCGUACCAUAUUGGUCUCCAUAUUACCCACUGUCUUGUCUCUCCGCAUUCCGCAUAACAAUAUCACUGCUGGCAUCACGCAUUCUGGAAUAUCUCGCGCUACGGCAACGCAUGUCCUCAUUACCCAUUGUAUCACCGCCGAUUUUAUACAUGUCGCGUUACACGUG